AGCUCUCCACCCAAACUUCCCCAGAGGAGAAAGCUUUAUACUCCGUACUUGCUACUUACCACAAUCCUCUCUGUAUGUGUGAUUUGGAAUUUAGCUCCUCUAGGAGAGAGAGAGUGGGGUAGGGAAAGAAUAAAAGGUGCGGUUGGUGCUUUGCAACGGAGAGGAGUAUGAGUCGUGUAUUUGUAUGUAUAGAGGAGCUAGCUGUGCUGAUGUGCGCACUCGGUAGAAGCUUCAGAAGCCGACAUCCAUUCUUUUCUAUUUUUUGCAGGUCGAUUUCUUGAUCUUAAGGGUUUUUGCCCUCUCAAACAGCUCUUCAUGGCCGCCUCUUCUUGCUUUGCCUCCCCCCUAAUCCCCGUUUCUUCCCAGCUCAACUACUACCCAAGUUUGGAUUCAAGGGGAAAUCAGAACUCAGUUAUUGUCACUGCUAGAACUGCAAUUCGCAAAAUUUACUACCAAAAAAUAGGGAAGGGCAAUCUGUGGAGUGAAUGUAGCUUUCUUGGGAAAUCAGGGGCCUCAGUUCAACCUAUAAUUGGGAGAAAGUCCUUGCACAGGAAAAACUUCGGGGUAUCUGCAUCAUUUUUGUCAGCUUCUCAAAUUGCUAGCAGUGCGUUUACAUGGGGGACUGUAGCCGUCCUUCCAUUUUAUACAUUCAUGGUUGCUGCACCGCGGUCCGACUUGACCAAGAAAUUGAUGGGAAAUGGCACACCAUUUGUUGCACUUGGAGUGGUGUAUGCCUAUCUUCUUUAUCUUUCUUGGACACCUGAUACAUUGCGGUUUAUGUUUUCUAGCAAGUAUUGGCUGCCAGAGCUUCCCGGUAUGGCUCAGAUGUUUGCGAAUGAGAUGACUCUGGCCUCCGCAUGGAUUCAUCUGUUGGUGGUGGAUCUUUAUGCUGCAAAGCAGGUGUAUGAAGAUGGUAUGCAAAACGAUGUUGAGAUCCGCCAUUCGGUGUUGCUAUGCUUGCUAUUUUGCCCCAUUGGAAUUCUGGUUCAUAUCAUGACCAAAGCUCUAGUAAAUAGCCAGAAAGGAAAACGCACAAUUCAAUAGGAAAUUAGGAAUUCCACAAUUUGUUUCUACUGCACUGUUGCUUUUAUCGCUCCAAUGGAAUUAUUAGAACUGUUAAAUCUUUGCGACCGUAUUUACACUUUUGGAGUUAUGUUAAUUGUUCUCAUGCCCAUUUGGGAGCACCAUACCA